AUGUCCGCAGAGUACUUCCUCUCUGGCCCCGUCCGCCGCCAGCCUCUUUUGCCCAUUGAUGACGAUAUCCCCUUUGAUACAUUUGACCGAGAGCUGCUAGCUGAGCUUACAGAACAACAAGGCUUCCAAGAUCAUGGCCCGUCUUCUAGCUUUGCUCGCUUUCCUUCUUCCACGCAGACUAGGCAUGCGUUUCGCACCCCGGCAGGAGAUCACACCUCACAGUUCGUGGGAGGAUUGUCUGCUCCUAUAACGACUCCGGUUGUAGGGCAAGAACCGAGUUCCGAGGAUACCGGUGGUCUCCAGUCUAGCCCAUUGUUGCGGUACUUUAAGCCAAAUAAGCCAGGGACAUCUGCAGCUUCAAGAUCCUUGGACAGUCGCCAUAUAUUAACUGGUAUUGAUGACGAUUUGGAUCUGCAGAAUAGUCCAUCGACAGGAAAGGGACGCGCAUACCCAACUCAUGUUGACCUACCGCAUCAAAUAUCGUUGAGCCAUGCGCCCCCUAUAGUACAAGGUAUCAACCUCAUUUCGACCCAGCAACUGCCCGACCGCUUUCGAUCUUUGUUCCCUUUCCCUCUAUUGAAUGCCGUGCAGUCUAAAUGCUUCCCUCAUGUUUACCAAGAUGACUGCAACAUAGUUGUAUCAGCUCCAACGGGCAGUGGUAAAACCGUGAUUAUGGAGCUGGCAAUCUGUCGUCUGGUCAACAACUUGAAAGAUGGUCUGUUCAAAGUGAUAUACCAAGCCCCUACCAGGUCUCUCUGCUCGGAGCGUUUUCGGGAUUGGUCUACAAGGUUUACAUCCCUUGGCCUGCAGUGUGCUGAGUUGACUGGUGACACGGAAUAUUCCCAGCUCAGGGCAAUUCAAACGGCCAGUAUCAUAGUCACAACGCCGGAAAAAUGGGACAGCAUGACAAGAAAAUGGAGGGACCAUUCGAGGCUGAUGCAACUUGUCAAGCUCUUCCUCAUUGAUGAGGUACAUGUUCUGAACGAGAGUCGCGGAGCUGCACUCGAAGCGGUAGUGUCUCGGAUGAAAUCUGUGGGCUCUAAUGUACGGUUUCUUGCUUUGAGUGCCACGAUCCCAAACUCGGAAGACAUUGCCACUUGGCUGGGCAAGAGCGAUACUUUUCAGCAUCUACCAGCGCAUAGAGAGCAUUUUGGCGAGGAAUUUCGCCCAACAAAAUUACAAAAGUUUGUGUAUGGGUAUCAAUGCAAUGGCAACGACUUUGCUUUUGACAGAUUCUGCGGGUCCAAGCUACCUGAGAUUAUCUCCAAGCAUUCGAAAAGAAAGCCAGUUAUGAUAUUCUGUUGUACGAGGAAUUCUGCUAUUGCUGCGGCAAAAGAUCUCGCCAAAUUGUGGACCAAUACUAUUCCUCCUGUCAUUGGUGCUGGCGUCGCUUUUCAUCAUGCCGGGUUAGAAAGUGAUGAUCGCCACGCCGUGGAGAAUUCUUUCCUGAAGGGUCAAAUCAGUAUCAUUUGCUGCACAUCUACUCUCGCCGUCGGAGUCAAUCUCCCCUGCUACUUGGUGAUAAUAAAAAACACAGUUUGUUGGCAGGAUGGUGGGUGCAAGGAAUACUCAGAUUUAGAAAUGAUGCAAAUGCUUGGCCGCGCUGGUCGCCCGCAAUUUGAUGACAGUGCUGUCGCAGUCAUACUGACCAAAAAAGACCGUCUUUCAUAUUAUGAGAAAUUAGUAUCGGGAACGGAACAACUAGAGAGUUGUUUACAUCUGAACCUAAUAGACCAUUUGAACGCGGAAAUUGGACUCGGCACGAUCGGAGACCUCGAAUCUGCUACAAAAUGGCUCGCUGGGACAUUUUUGUUCGUGAGGCUAAGAAGAAAUCCCACUCAUUACAAAUUGAAGGAGAACGCCGACCGCAGAGAUGAAGACGAGAUGCUUAGGCAAGUGUGCGAAAAGGACGUCAAGCUUCUCCAAGAAUGCGGCCUUGUCACAACGGAGGGUUCGUUGAAGUCGACUCCUUAUGGAGAUGCAAUGGCCAAGUACUACGUCAAGUUUGAGACUAUGAAAAUUCUACUUGCUUUGCCUCCCAGAGCAAAGGUUUCAGAAAUUCUUUCCGCAAUCUCACAGGCCGACGAAUUCCGCGAAAUCCGGCUUAAAGCUCCUGAGCGUCCUCUGUAUAGAGAGAUUAACCGUGGCAAUGGCAUCAGGUUCCCUAUCAGAGUUGACUUGUCACAGCAUGCACACAAGGUUUCUCUUCUUAUUCAGUCUGAACUGGGUGCUUCCGAGUUUCCCUCCGCGGAGCAGUAUCAAAAGCAUAAAUUCCAACUUCAGCAAGACAAGACAAUGGUUUUCACCCAUGUUAACCGCCUUCUUCGGUGUGUUGUUGACUGUCAGAUUCACAACGAGGAUGGGAUCGCUGUCAGGAAUGCUCUUGAACUUUCCAGGAGUUUUGCUGGUCGGGCCUGGGAGAAUUCGCCUCUUCAAAUGAAACAAAUUGAUCAAAUCGGAAUUGUUGCUGUCAGAAGGCUGGCUAGCGCUGGCAUCACCAGCAUUCAAGAGCUGGAAGAAACGGAGGCGCAUCGAAUCGACACGUUAUUAAGCAAGAACCCUCCCUUUGGGACAAAACUGCUCUCAAGGCUUGCAGAUUUUCCAAAGUUGCGCGUGACUAUCAAAAUGAUAGGAAAAGCAAGCAGGUGUAGAAGGUCUGUUAGCGUUAAUCUCAAGGUUGAUAUUGGCUUCUUGAACGAAAAGCUGCCCGCAUUUUUCCAGAAGCGUCCAGUCUAUGUCUGUAGUCUCGUGGAAAUAUCAGGUGGUCGUCUCGUGGACUUUCGACGAAUGAGUGCACAGAAACUCCAGAAUGGACAUGAGAUUUUGUUCAAUGCUGAGUUGACAAGCUCUUUGCAGCACAUAACAUGCUAUGUUAUGUGUGACGAUAUAGGCGGGACAUCUCAAUAUGCCAAGCUUAAUCCUGAUAUACCUGUAGGGAUGUUUCCCAAAGACUCAUUCGAUGAAGGAAGCAAGAUAUCAGACAAAUUUUCAAUGAACACGUCGAGAAGAAGGAGCAACGAUGCUUCAAAAUCAACACGACCUUCAAACAGAGGUGACGUCUUUGAGGAUGAUGACUUUGCAGAUGAUGAUUUUCUAGCUGCCGUGGAAGAUUUUGACCGGAGCGAACGACCUUCCAAGUUGACCUUUUCGAAGAGUCUCAAACCUGACCUGAACCCAAGCUCCAGAAUGAGACAAAACGAUCCUUUCAACGACAAUGAUCAACAGCAGUCGGCAGUGCUUGUCAAUGGAAAAUACAAGUGCAAUCAUAAAUGCAAAGACAAAUCAGCGUGUAAACACUUUUGCUGCCGCGAGGGAUUAGACAAGCCUCCAAAAGUCUACAAAAAGGGGCCUUCGGCAGAAAUGACUCCAGCAAGAAACAGUCAGCUCAGCCUUAUAGACAGUGUUCGGAAAAAGAACUCUAUCGACUUGAUCGACCUCUCUCAACCCAGUCAACCAAAAACAAAUAUUUUAAAAGACAUGAUUGGUACAAAAUCGUUGGGUUGUGAAGUUGCACCAUCAAAGGCUACUAGAAUGGCAAAUUUGGAUCUCGCUGUAUCGCAAUCAGCGGCGAGAAAGUUGACAUUUGAAGCCGGGGGGUCUGUCAACAAAAAAAGAAAGAGAAAGCUUUCACGGAACCGACGGGGGUCAUCCAGUGAAUAUGGUGACAGUGAUCUAGAAAAGUUCUUUGCUCCAUCCGCGAUUUUGCCACAACCAGACAAUCAGACUUCAGCAGAGAGAUACGAUCCAGCUAUAGAGGAUACCGGAACUGACAGUACAAUUGAGGGCAUUGAUACCGACUUCGAGUUUGUUGAUGAUACCAAGAGAUCGGCCACAUAUCCAUCCACACCACAUCGGACUUUAGACAGUGUGCCCGGGUUUCUGAUCGAUUCGAAAGACGGGCAGUCACCGAGUAUUUCCCGGACAGCGGCUAUACAUAAUCCAGAAUUUCCAACUCCGACAAACGGGGGAGGUACUCAACAAACCUUCCACUCAAAUGACAUCAUGGAAAGAGAAGACGCAGUGAAACGAUGCAAAGUGAGCGAGGCCAUCGAAGAGAACCUUGACCAGUCUUGGCUCGAGGAAUUUGGCGAUAUUGUCAACUUUACGGGGAUUUAA